GAAUCAGAAUUACGACGAGUUAGUGAAAUUACGUCGAUUUCGAGAAAAAAAUCUGAUGGUGUGAUUUCGAAAAUGGUGGACUGGGAAAUUUCUGAGAUCUUCGAGUGUUAAUUAAAUCUUCUGAUUUAUUUUGGUGUGCUGAAUGAUCGACAGUUUGAAGCCAUCAAGUUCCUCUCCCUACGCUGUCUGCUCCGUGGAACGUUGUUUCUGGAUCCCUAAACGGGAGAAGAAGAGGUUUCAACAACGGGGAAACUUCUGGUUGAUCACCAUCGCGCAGUUGAGCAGACGCUAGACAGAGCGGCGCAGACCAUGGCGUGAUCCCCUGCGCGAGGUCAUGCACAUCGGGGAAGAGGGUUUGAACAUUUCCAGAAGUAUCGUCCUGUUAAUGAUAGUCGGUCUACCUCAUCAGUAUUAUAAGAUGGCUUUUCUCCAGAUACCUCAUUCUGCCUUGCCGGAGAAGAACAGUAAAGAUCCCCCAUCGGCCGAUCAGCUAGGUUUUCUUUAGGCUAGUGUUAGUAUAGGCGUAGUUUCCGAGUUUCUCUCUAUCUUUACUACAUUGUCGUAUUUGUGUGUGAAACGUGUAAAGCUGUUCCCUCCUCGGACUCACCGUGGCAUUGAUGGAAUACUUGUUGAUGACUGAAAUGAUGGAUCCCUCGUUCCUGGACGACGAGGCGCCGGGUGUGUGUUGGGGGCAGUGGGCGUCGGAGGGCGACCAGAAGUCGGGCAAACGCAAACAACCGGAGGACAAGACAGAACAGCCUCCAAAGAUGCAACGCAGGGAACAAUGUGGGGUCAGUAGCAAUGGGUGGCAGCAAGUCGAUGACCUUCCUGACCCCCUGGUGGUGGACCUUGAGUCAUCCUGUGGCCUAUCAGGCCUGGCCGUGGACAGCUCUUACUUAAGCGAUGUACUUUCUCUCCCGUCGUUGACGGUAUUCAAGCAGGAACUUCCAUCGCCUUCCAAUCAUCAUGAUCGCGGGGCCUCGGCUUGUUCCCCGGACAGUGGCAACAGUCCUCUAGGUGCAGACGGGGGCCACAGUCCCGUCCCCCACCCCCAUCAGCUUGUCUCAUCAGCCAAUAACCCUGAAGGUGAAACUGAGAACUAUCGUAACAACAAGCUGUUAGUGACCUCCGAGCCGGCUACCUCUACUGGCUCCCCUCCACUGGACGUUACAGAGGACUGUCGGUUUCAAUAUGUACUGGCUGCAGCAACCUCGAUCGCAACCAAAGUGAAUGAAGAGACGCUGACGUACCUCAACCAGGGACAGUCAUACGAGAUCAAAUUGAAGAAGUUGGGGGACCUGACUGUCUACCGCGGAAAGAUACUCAAGAGUGUUGUCAAAUUAUGUUUCCACGAGCGUCGACUUCAGUUUAUGGAACAAGAGCAGAUUGCGGCUUGGCGCGCUUCACGACCUGGGGAUAGGAUUGUUGAGGUUGACCUCCCGUUGUCUUAUGGCAUGUAUGACCUGAUCCAGGACCCCGCCAUGCUGAACACUGUGGAGUUUUUGUGGGACCCUACCAAGGAAGUUGGCGUCUACAUCAAGGUCAACUGUAUUAGCACAGAGUUCACCCCUAAGAAGCACGGGGGUGAGAAGGGGGUUCCGUUCCGUAUACAGGUGGAGACCUAUCUACAACAUGAGAAGAUGUGUCGUCACCUCCACUCUGCGUCUUGUCAGAUAAAAGUCUUCAAGCUGAAGGGCGCCGACCGCAAACAUAAGCAAGACAGAGACAAGCUGCUCAAGCGACCAGAGUGUGAGAGAGAGAAGUACCAGCCUUCGUACGACUGUACUGUCCUCAGCGACGUGCCGAUCACAAACGAGUGUGUGUUCAGUUCCCCGCUCCAUCUCUCUCCUGAGCCCAAAGGGGCACUGCAGACCAGCAAUGUUAAGCCGCAAGGGUCCGGUGAUAUACAGAUGAUCAAGACGUCCCACACACCUCCUAUGCCAGCCCUUGCUGAUAGACCUCAGAACAAUGACACUGUGCAGGGAGGCCUGGUAGGAUCUGCCUCACCUCAACAGACUAUGACAUGGCUACAGACCAACAGAUUUGCUGCGUAUCUGCACACAUUCGCCAGCUUCUCCGGAGCAGACCUCAUGCGGCUCUCCCGUGAUGACCUUAUCCAGAUAUGCGGCUUGGCUGACGGCAUCCGUCUCUUUAAUGCUCUUCAUCCCAGAGCAAAGACAGUGUACCUGUGUGUACAACAGUCGCCAGUGGUGUACCAAGCAGUGUACCUGGCUACCUUGUCCAGUAGGGAGAUGUGCUCCAAGGCCGCUGCGCUGGUCGGCCUCUCACUAACCCAGCUGUCCCAGGUGUACAUGCAGGGACCCAACGGCAUACACGUACUCGUCACCGAUGAACUUGUGCGCAACAUCAAGGACGAGGCCACUUUUGCCACUGAACUUAUAUCUGAUCAGUCUGGAGAAGGGCUGUGUUUGUUGCUGAAGCCUCCUCCCCUCUGAAUUGUCUUGCCUCACAAAUGACUUGCCUUCAAGUGAUUAAUGUAACCCUAACAAUACAACCAAAGGACAGAAGUUUUCAAAAAUGUCUUAAGUUUCCAUUCCGCCUGCAUGCUCUAUGGCUUUUCACAUUGUGAGUUUUAAUCAAUCUUGCACUUGCAAAUAGUUGACCAUAAUUGUUGUCAAUGUGUAUAACUUUAUCCCAUUGUAUUAAGGUGUGCACUUCAUAGCUUGCAUAGUUAGUGUUUAGAGAUAGAGAUGUAUUUGCUUUUAUUUGAUUGAAGUUUUAAUUUUAAAAUGUAUUUUAUGAAUCUGAUUUCUAGUAUGUUAAAGUAGAUAGAUUUUUUUGCUUGUUAGUAACCAGUAUCAUUUUUGUUUAGGGUUGUGUUGUACAAUUUAUGCAUAUCCAACAUUUUGAGCAUCACAGAUAUUUUGUCGAACAAUUUUUAUCACAUUUUUUAUAGUAUAAGUACAAGAAUUGGUUUUUGUGCGUUACACAAUUUUUUGUUUUACAUUUUCUCUUAAAAAUUGUUCAUUGUAUUUUUUAUAUGUUCAAGUUUAGUGCAUUCUGUUAAAUUCAGAAUUUCUGUUACUUACUCUAAUACUGUGGCGUUUCAUUCUUAGUGAUUAAAAAUUUUUGUUCUGUGAUGGCUUUUUUUGUAUUGAUUUUUAAUGUUUUACUUAUUUAAGACUUUGUUUAAUAUGUAUACAAUAUGAUGAAUUUAUUGUUAUUUCGUUGUUAAAGUACCAUGAUGGAAGGGAAAAACAUAGGUGUGCUAUCCCCCCCCCAGAUUGCAAACACCUUUCACCAUUUAGAAAAAAAAAAUGUAAAAACAAUAACAAUCAAAUAAAAACAAAUAUACACUUAUAUGGCAAUACAAUCAGGUGAUUUUUUGUUUGCAAUCUGGGUGACGUCAGCAUAUGACGGGUUUAGCACACCUAUGUUUUUUCCAUCCACCAUGGUGUUAAAAAACUAUAUAGUUUACUAAGUGUUAAUCUGCAUGUUGUUAUUAACCAUUUUAUUGUGUCUUAUCUUGACAGUAGAAAGAUUUCUAACAAUUAGUGGGAAGAUUCGGGGGUUCUUGAGAGGCUACUGUCCAUUUUGUCUUUGUUUUCUGGCUAAGGGUCUUACAAGUUAAAGAGUUAUAUAGGUUGUAGCUGUGUAUAUUUGACUUAUUAACCUACCAUAAGUACAUCUGCACAAACAUAAGUUGUUGGCUUAGACAACUGGAAAUAGUACUGUUUGGGAUGAGUUAAUUUUGAUUUUGGUGAAUAGAAUUUGUGAGAGGUAUAAGGGGAGCGAGCUGCGUAUUUAGGUCGAAUUGCUUAGGUUAGUAAUAUAGUUACAGAAUAUCUCCCCACCCCUCCUGCAGGAAGCCAACUUGUCUAGUAGCUUGAUAUUUUAUCACCUGAAUAUCUGUAGGGUUAGUCUCUACCUACCUUAGUACAAAACAUCAAUAUAAUAUAGUUCUUAGGAAACAUCGCUUGUGUAGAGCUUAAAAUAUUAAGUCAUAGAUAACCUUCAAGAUUAUGAGUAUCGACAAUGUAGCGAAAGUAAGAAAUACAAUGUAUUAAACCUGGGUUAUAUUACUCAGGUUGAGGAUUUUUUCUCAGGAAAGUGGUAGAUUUGGCAUAGCCAAUUAAACAGACGGUUAAUAUAUUAUCUCAGAAUCUUGCUUUGGAUAUAUUUUAGCUCAAUAUUAUUCAGUAGAAUAGGAAACAUAUGUUAUGUUUAUGAAUGUUUAUAACUCGGUGUUGAAGUUUAAAUCUUUGUCAUGGUGACUGUCUGGUCUGAGGCAGGGAAAAGCAUAUUUUGUGUAAUUUGUCGUUAGUUUUAAGCAUUUUAUUUUGUUGGUAGUUUAUAGUCAAUGUACCCCGGUCUAUACUCUAGGUGUAUUACAAGCCAUAUAUAAUUUUACCAUGUGUACCUUUAAGUUUGUGCAGGUUGAACAUAGCCUGUGAACAAAUUUAAGUAAAUUCUUUGGACGUUUCAGAGCCACUAGUUUCUUCACUUUUCAACCAUUAGUGUUUUUGAAUUAAGUUAGACACAAAUACGGAUUUUUAUGUAGAGUUAAUUUAAUUUUUCAUCUCAAUUUUUAUCUAGAAAAUGCAGCUUCUAUCACAGUGCCUUCUUAAAAAACUUUAAGUAACGUGUAAUAUCAUAAAAUUUCUUAAUGUUAAUAACAUGCCAAGUAAAUUUCAAGCUUACCAAAAGUGCCUGUUCAUAUUUUCACCUAGAAUUUUUUGUAUGCAGGUAACAGUGGCUUAGUUUUCAUAAAAUAGUUAUCUGAUGGAAUAUAAAUGUAUCUAUACAGCUUAACAUUGUUAACGGUUAACGUGUUAUUGGUUAAUGUUAACGGUGUUAUCAUAAUUCUAGGAACAACAGAAAACAAGGUGACAAGACUUUAUUAUGAGUUUCAGUUUACUCUACUAUGUAUUGUUUAAAAUUGUCAAUGUGACUUAUCACUUGUCAAUUACCACACUAAUAAACACAGAAGUUUGAGAAAUUGUGAAGUAAUGUAGAAAAAUUAAAUAAAUAAGAAAUUCUGAGCUUUACUAUGAAUCAAUUUAGGCUGUGUAAAAGGAAUUUAGAUUUUUGUAAAUUUUAAAUCAGCUGCUUUCUUGUUUUUUAAGUUUGUUUAAUAGAUCAUUAUUUGCUUGGCUGUUAAUAAAUUUAUAGUUUACCUGUU